AUGAACUCGACAGAAAACCCGGUCAAUUUCAUGAACAUCCUCAACAUGGCACAGUUUAUGCAGUUAGCACAGAACCCCAGCACUUCGGCUUCGGAUUCUGGAUUAGGUAAGCGUGUUCUUUGUGGUGGUUUAUAUUGUUAUUGGGUUUUUUAAUUUUGGGUCUCGGCACGAAUACUUAAAUUUCGGGGUUUAGCACGAAAACUUGAAAAAUUCUUAAAUUACUUUUUUUGUUUUUUCUAUGAUUUUUAAGGGAUGGAAAUGCAGUUUUAGUUGCUACUCGAUUAUAAUUUGUCAUUUUUCUGGGGAAUUCUGGGUCGCAGCACGAAAACCUGUUUUUGGGCUAAAAGUAAAAUUUUACGACAUUUUAUAGCAUUUUUAGUGCAGAUAAACGUAUUUCUUAGUAUCAAAUUUAUCAAUUUUGAUAUUUUUGCAAAAUUUAAAUAUUUUUGGGUCCUAACACGAAAACUUGAUUCUUUAGUUUUGUCUUUAAAUUUGAUUUUACUAAUUAACACCAUAUUUUAGACUUAUCAGAAAACAAUGGAUUGGAUUUAUCCUUAAUUUUGUCGUCAUGCGAAGCUAAGAAAGAGAAGCCGAAGCCCCGGAAGCUGGGCCAAGACUUUCGACGUUCGUUGGAAGGCUACGGCUUCGAACUGGUGUCCCAAUUUGUUGAUAACAUCAAAAAAGAGAAGAUUGAAUUCAUACCGGACAAUGAGAUCCUUGACCUACGACAACAAUUCGACGAUAUCAACAAGAACUCGGUACCCAUCGAUGGGAUUCAGCAGUUCGCCGAGAAUCUGAAGAAAGCGGUCGAUUCGAUAAGCGACGAUGUUCUUGAAGAUGAUGAAGCUUCUAAGGACGAUGAAGCUUCGAAAGACGACUCCAAAGAUGAGGACGGACCCCCAGAAGCAAAGAGAGCACGAUCAGAUUCUGGCAGUGUAGCCAAAUCUUCUGGAGCGUCGGCGAAAGACCUGAGCACGGUGAUGGGAUUCAUGAACAACCCCUUCAUGAAUCCGGAAAUGUUCCAAGCCUUCGCCUCAAUGUUCCCCGUGGCACAGACUCCAGAAAGCCCCAGUCCGAACUCGGGAAGCCAGAAGCGAGCCCGGACUAGGAUAACAGACGAACAACUUAAGAUUCUACGACAAUAUUUCGACAUCAACAACAGUCCCAGUGAGCAACAGAUCAAGGACAUGAGCCUAAAGACAAGUCUGCCCGAAAAAGUGAUCAAACAUUGGUUCAGGAACACACUGUUCAAGGAACGACAACGUGACAAGAACAGCCCCUACAACUUCAACGUCCAGCCAAUGAUGCGCAUCGAUCUGGACACGUACGAGAAGACCGGCGAAGCCAAGAUCAUACCACUGAAAGUGAAGGAAGAGGAGGACAAGAACGAUGACAAAUCCACUGGCUCCAAAACUCCAGAAUCCGCUUCAGAAUCCACGCUAGAAGCUCUGGCUUCCCUAAACAGCCUAAGCAACCUUGGCAACCUUGGAAACAAUCUCGGCAACUUGAGCAACAACAUCAGCAAUCUAAGCAACAAUCUCGGAAAUUUAGGCAGCAACCUGGGCAACCUAAGCAACACCUCCUUGACAAUGCCGAACUUUCAAAACUUCCCACAGAAUCCGUUCGCUAGCCUAAUGGAGAACGAGAACCCACUGGCGCAGCUGAUGAACGGCUUCAACCCAGUCCAGCCAAAGACCAACACAACGACCGGUCGAAGAGCGAACCGAACCCGAUUCACCGACUUUCAGCUACGCACGCUUCAGGAAUUCUUCGACCGACAAGCCUACCCCAAGGACGACGAUCUGGAAAUGUUGAGCAAGAAGCUAAGCCUAAGCCCCCGAGUCAUCGUGGUUUGGUUCCAGAACGCCAGACAAAAGGUGGGUUUUAUGCCAUUUUUAGUGUUUGACUAAAAUCAAAAUUUAUAUUUUUAAGAAGCUAAGACAUUAGUCUUUUAAAGUUUUUAAAAACAUUUUUGAAAUUUCAUUUUUAAAUUAUGAAAAUUUUAAAAUUUAACAAAAUAUUACAUUGAACUUUUUGAUAGGACCGGGAAAAAUCGGCCAUAACUUUUUUGUAAUUAACUUACAGGCAAUGGUUUGAUAACAAAAAAUGUUAAGAAAAGGCUACUCUUCCUUUCUGUCAAAAUUAAAUUUCUAAAAAAUUGCGAAAACUUUGUUUACAGACUAAAAUUUGUCAAAAUCUGACCAUCUUUCGAGAAAAAAUACAAAUAACAGAGGACUUUGAACUUUAAUAAUUUUAAAAAAUAUUCAAAAGCUUUAAUUUUACGAUAACACAUUAUUUUCACAUUUUUAUUAUCGAAAGUACAUUUGUUUUCGCAGUUUUCUGUACGAAGCUUACCCUAAUAGUAAACUGCAACCUGCGUUUAGGUGGGCGCGAGCUGAAAAUUCAGGGUUUUCGGCCAUUUUUAUCGUUUUUGCUGAACUUGUCGAUGUUUAUGAUUGAAAACUUAUAAAGGUUGUUAAAUUUGAUAUUUUAUAAAAAGAAUUUUAAUUUUUUGUCUAAGCAAAAACUUGUGUUUCAGUUUACAGUGUUGUUGCAUAAUCUCCUAUCUUCCAAAACUAACCAUAUAUUAUUUUAGGCAAGAAAGAUCUAUGAAAACCAACCAAAUCAAGACAAUACGGACCGCUUCAUCCGCACACCCGGUUGCAACUUUCAAUGCAAACGAUGUCAGCUAGUUUUCCAACGAUAUUACGAGCUGAUCCAACAUCAACAACGUGUGUGCUACGCGAACGACACGGAUGCCCAGAACACGGAUAACAAGGUAAUGUAUUUCAUUUGUUGUGUGCUUGUUGUUUUAGGUAUUUUAGAUGAUUUAGGAGGGUACAAGUAAAGUAUUUGGCGUCUUUUGUUGAGUUAGGUUCUGUUUGAUGGAUAAGAUCAAAACUUUUAGUUGGAAUCGUAUAUUUUCAUAAAUUGUUGUUGAGGGAAUGCUUGGCAAAAGCAAGAAGGAGGUCUUGGCAUUGUUUUAAAAAUGGUUUGGGUUUCUAUUAUGAUAAUUUUUAAUUAGUUUCGAGGAGAUUUCAAAGGUAUACUUGGUUUGUUGUCGAUACCUACAACUUUUUUUCAUUUCAUAGGGUUUUUGAUAAAAUAUCUUCUUAAAGUCGAUUGUGGUAGUAAGAUUAAACAUUUAUGAAUCUAAUAAAGCCCUUUUUUAGUCAGUCGAAGAAAAUAUGACAGAAGAAGAACGUCAGAAGCCCGCGCCAUCUGGCCACAACGACGAAGAAAAGCAGCGAAAAGACUCGAUGGACAACAACAACACUCCACAGGACUUGCUGAAACUCAUAACCGGUGCCGCGGAUUCGGAAGCGUUGAUGAAGAUGUUCACGAGUCAAACUUCAAAGUUUUCCAAGAGAUGUCCCUUUUGUGCCAACUUGUUCACGGCCAAAUCCGAGCUGACCGACCACAUUUCAACCGCUCAUUCUGAUAAUCCGUUGGCCGUAAAUGUGAAUAUAGAUAGUCUACCAGCAGCGGAUGAUGCCUUUUCAACCACGGAAGGACUACUCGGUACCAUUAGUGCACUAACAGGAGCAUCGCCUUUGGAUUUGCGACAAAAAGAUCAACGCAAAUCGACUUCGCCAGCGUUUGAUGAGGUCGAUACUCAAGAAGCGGAUGAAUUCUCGUCGAAUGGAAGUUUCGACUUCAGGGCAUUGUCGGCUAGUCCACAUGCUUUAUUGAGCGCGUUUGGCAGCCCGUUGGGAAGCAUGGGCGCGACUCGCAGUCCCGCAAAUGGCAGUUCGCAGAGCCAAGGAGGGCCCAAAAGAUAUCGAACCCAUUUGACUCCACUACAAGUUUAUGUAAGUUGAAUAGAACUCUAAUAGUUGAAUAAAGGUCUUGUUGAUGUCUGAUGAUAAGGGUUUUGGAUGGGUUGCGGUAAUUUUGUAGGUGUGAGCGUUUAUGUGUCACAUUUUAAUUUUGUUGUUUUUUGAUAACCUAGUGUAAUAUAAUUGAUGUCUUUGAUAAGUUAAGCUUUGAAAUUGUACCAAUUCCUGUAUUUGUAUUGUAGUAUAGGGUCUUUUGAAGGGUUCAGUUUAAAAAACGGUUUUUAGGUUACUGUAUUUUUAAAAUUAUGAUUGAUUAUACUAACCAUACAUCGUACUUGAUUUUAAUGAUUUUUGAGCUAUUUUUUUAUCUUUUUUAAACAAAUUUUAAUUAAAUAUUUGCCUUUUUUAGGUAAUGAAGUCUUUAUUCGGUGACUACAAGACCCCAUCAAUGUCAGAAUGCGAAGUCCUCGGCCGCGAAAUUGGCCUACACAAGCGUGUAGUCCAGGUUUGGUUCCAGAAUGCUCGGGCCAAACAAAGGAAAUGUGGGCCAAGUGCGAUCCAAGAAGACGGGCUAUGCUCGACUCAACCAUCUGGCUGCACCGAGUGUAAUAUCGACUUUGCUGGUCGAUCCACGGUCCAAGACCACAUAUUCACGGCACAGCACAUUAGCAAGGUGAAAGAAAAGGGAGCCGAGUUGAGAGGAAACGAAGAGCCAAUUGAUCGGCCCAAGCUGAAAAGUGAUGAUGGCAGUUCAGUGGAUGAGGUUGGCUUGAAUCCACUUUUGUAUUGUAAGUUUGUUGUGGAUAUAUCUUUAACUAGCUUAUUCAUGGAUAAGGUUUUUGAAGUUGUUAUAGCAUUGGGAAAGGAGAGUUAAUUUAGUUUUUAAGCUUCUAUGUUGAUUUAUAGACUAGCGAGAGUCUUUUUCCAAAUUUAUGCAAAAACUUUUGUCCGUGGAAGAUUUUCUUAACAUUUUGCACUAAAUUUCUUCCACUAACAAAAGUUUUUAGAAGACUGAUAAAAUGAACGAAAACGUUGAUUUCUAUAGAUUCUGAGAUUUUUUCAAUUUUUUGAAAAAAAUUUUUGUUCGUGGAAGAUUUCCUUAACAUUUCGCACUGAAUUUCUUCCACUGAAAAAAUUUUUUGAAAACUGUAACAAAAUGAAUGAAAAUGACAUAUUUAUUACUAGGAGAUGUUUGAAAAUGGCAUAAAAAUAUAAAAAAGUUUCUUUUAAGGUUUUUUUUAAACUUUUUGAAAAAAAAAUUUUUGAAAUUUGAAAUGUUAAAAAUUUUGUGAUUUUCAGCUCUGAUGGACCCGAACAUGCUCGGCACUCCAAUCCAAUGCCUCCAAAUCCCCGAGGCAGUCAUGGCCCAGAUCUCUGCCGAUUUGGCCUCAGGCAACCCCUCCACCACCUUCACCCAAGAUGGCCUCACGCUUCAGAAUCUUGAGCAUAAAGUAACUUCAGAAGACUUCAAAUGUGCUGUCAUCGUGGAGUCGGAGGUGGGAUGGGCUUGUCCUCAGUGUCAGCAGGUGUUUCAGCAGGAGAUCUGGCUGAAAAAUCAUCAAAAGCUGAUCUGCCAGGGCUGUGAUGGCGUCUUCAAACUGAUUCAACAACACUAUCAGUGCUCCGCUUGUUGUCACAAGUUCGGCACACAGGUGGGUUACUGUAAUUUUAUAAGUUAUGGGUACUGUAAUGUUUAUAGGGGAUGGAUACUGUUAUUUUCAGACGGAAAGAAAAAGGAUAGAUUACUGUAAUUUUUAUAGGGAAUGGAUUACUGUACUUUUCAUUGGGACCGGGGUACUGUAUUCUUGCGGGGGCAAAUCUUAAGGUACUGUAGUUAUGACAGACAAGAGGGAGGGGUAAAUUACUGUAAAAUAGAUGAGGAAAAAUUGGUUUACUGUACUGCCAAUGAGAAAAGCAUAGGGUACAGUAAGUAGGUGGAGUACUGCAGCCUACUGUAACUUAGGGUUUUGUAAUUUUUAUAUGAAAUCGCGAACUGCAAUUUAUAGGAAAAAAGCUGUGGUACUGUAGUUAUUUAUGAUGGAGGGGGAAGUAUAAAGUACUGCAAUGUUAAAAGUCGAGGAUACUGUAACAUUGAAAGGCGGGAAUAUAAUAUAUUGUAAAAUUGAUGAAUAAGAGAUGAGAUACAUUACUGCCAAUGAGAAAAGUAUAGGGUACUGUAAUUAAUUCGAAAACGUUUUUGACUUACAGUAACUUUUUAAAUUUUCAGGAUGAUUACCGUACACACUGUGACCAACCGGCCCACAAGACCAAGUCCAGCCUGUUCCAGUCACCUUCCACUUGUUCGACCGGUUCAUUAUAA